AAGCCGGACCGCUUCAAGCUGGCUCCGGAGAUGGAUGUGUUCGUGUCGGACUUCCUGCAGGAGUGUCAGGACGCAGACAAACAGCUGAUCGUGAUGGUGCGCUUCUCCGCGUUGACCAACAAGGGCUACCCGGUGGUGCCGUCGGUGUGGAGGGUGGUGCAGCACCUGCAGCCGGCCGCCGUGGAGCAGUACGUCGCCUGGCUGAAGAAAACCUUCCUGCAGCCGCAGAUCGACAAACUGCUGGACUUCAGCACGCGCAAGCAGAAGGACAACCCGGCAGCCAAGGAACAGAAGGAUGACUCCGUCUUCCGCCUGAGGAAGUGGAUUAUCUCUCGGCUCUGUGCGAUCAUCGAUAACCACCUGGUGAAGAAGUCUGAGGAUCUGAUCAUGGAUGUGGCCAGGUUUGUCUUCUUCCACGCGUUCUUCGGCACCAAGAAGGCCUCGGCCGACAUCCCGGAGACGAAGGGGAAGCUGUCCGUCCCGCUGGACGAUAAAAUCAGAGCCGUGCUCGUCAACUCUUUCUUUGG